GGUUCUAUUUUAUCCCAUUUUCAACUUUGAGAGAGACAGAGAGAGAUGGCAAUUGGGUUCAUGGAGGUGCUGCUGGUGAAAGCAAAGGGUCUUCAAGAAACUGAUAUAUUUGGUCGCAUGGAUCCGUAUGUUCUGUUACAAUACAAAGGUCAGGAGCUCAAGAGCAGUGUACUCCAUGAGGGAGGCAGAAAUCCUGUAUGGAAUGAAAAAUUUGUAUUCAGAGUGGAAUACCCUGGAUCAGGUGAUCACUACAAGCUCAACCUUAAAAUCAUGGACAAGGACGUUUUUUCUGCAGAUGACUUUGUUGGCCAGGCCAUAAUCCAUGUGAAGGAUUUAUUGGUAGAAGGAGCAGAGAAUGGAUCAGCUGAGCUUCAUCCUCGCAAGUAUGUUGUUGUUCGAGCUGACCAGUCUUAUUGUGGUGAAAUUGAAGUUGGUAUAACUUUCACCCGAAAGGAAGAGGAAUAUAUUGACAAUGACAUUGGAGGAUGGAAGGAAAGUGACCAUUAGUUCCGUCAGUGUGCAUAAGAUGUAGAUUUUGGAAUGGAAGAUGAAGACAACUAACAAAGUCUUAUAUGUAA